AUGCCUCCUGUUGAACAACUUCCAUGGAAUUGGAUACUUAUUUAUCAUAAGCAAUCUCUUGAAUUUUUGUUGGGUUGCGUCUUGGGAUUUAUUUUGGGUGAAAUAUUUACAUUGCUUAACUCUAUUGUCACAUCCAAAAUUCAUCAUAAUAUUAUUGUCGAUUUUCCACCUUCAUCUUUUCCUUCCUUGCAAGCCUCCGUGAUCAUUUUUUGUAUUCAUACACCAUUUUCUAUGUAUAGCGCAAUUACAUUUUCAAAUGUAUUUUAUAAUGGAUUCAUUGCGUUUACUGAUAUGAAUGAUCAAUAUUUUAUCGUGGCAUCGGUAUGUGCUUGGUUUCUUACUGUCAUUGGAUUAACAUGGGCAUUAACUGGAAUAAUGAGUAAGGGUAGAAGAGAUGGUGUUUUUAGUGCGACGAUUGCAUGGGAAUUACUUGCUAUUGCAACACAACAACGAGAAUUCGAAUUUUUUUCAAUUCAAUGUUUUGUCCUCGCAAUUGUCAUUUUUGUAACUAUUCUUGUAGUUUGGAUUAGAUUAGGUGGAGAAUUGACAGAAGUAAUAAGACAACAAAAUAAUAUCACUAUUAUUUCUGAACAACAUGAUCCUUUAUUGCAGCAAGAGAAUGAAGAAUGA